AUGUUGGACUUGCCAGACCCCAACUGUUUCCAACAAGCCCAAAUCGAUAUGAUUAUCGGCAGUGAUCUGAUUCCUCAGAUCAUGCUCAGUGGUAUACAUCGCAACAUAUGUGAAAGCCUGCUCACGCAAAAUACCAAAUUUGGAUGGAUCAUAAGUGGACCCAUCACUUGUGAAGUGUCAGUGUUCUCGACACAAGUGGAAGAAGUUUCUAACGAACUCCUUAGUACACAACUAAGACAGUUCUGGGAGCAAGAAGAACUGUACCACCCUGCACCGAUCUCAGAAGAGGAUAUAGCAUGCGAGGACUACUACCAAAGGACCACAUAUCGUGAGCCAGACGGUAGAUAUGUGGGGAGACUCCCCUUCAAAUCAAGUUUCCCAAACUUGCAUGCAUUAGGCCAAUCCCGUAGCUAUGCCUACAGCCAGUUGAUCAGUAUGGAGAAAAAUCUCGCCCGAAAAGGCAAUAUCAAAGCCAUUUACGACGAAAUCUUCGAAGAAUAUCUUACGAUGGAUCACAUGGAACCAACCAGCUCGCAAGAAAUCGCCUCAGAUAGCAAAUAUUUCUCAUUUUAA